AUGCCAGAAUGCAGCGACAAAUUAGAUCAUUGCUUCGAUUUUAGCGACGAAUCGUGUGUGGGCAGAUAUGCACCAUGGGCCAAAGAAAAUUGUGCUUACAGAUGUGGCUAUUGUCCAGUUCCUGCUUUAACCUACGUGCCUGGAAACAACACUGAAGUUCUUCCAACAGAUCUGGUUCCUACAAAGCCAACAGGGAUCAAGCCUACGGUAGUUCUAACAAACGAAACAUCGAAUGAAACAACAGGGGAACAGACAGAUCUGACAACAAUGAGGAAUACUAACCAAACAGAAUGUGGUGAUAAACGUGAUAACUGUUUUAACUAUGGUGAUGAACAAUGUAUAGGCAGAUAUGCACCAUGGGCCAAAGAUAACUGUGCUUUUAGAUGUGGUUAUUGCCCAGGACAUUAUCCACCUUGUGAAGACAAGAUAGAUUAUUGUAAACAGCUCGGGAGCGGUGCCUGCUCCGAACAUCAGUAUGCUGGGUUUGUCCGUCUUAAUUGUAGAAAGACUUGCGAUAAAUGCACAGUUCCUGCCUUGAACUAUGUAACUCCAAAUAACACAGUACUACAAUCAACAGCAUUGGUUCCAACAAAGCCAAAUGAGACUAAACCAACAGUAGCACAGACUAAUGUAACAGGGUGUGUGGAUAUAAAAGAAAACUGUUGGAACUAUGAUGACAAGAAAUGCUUGGGGAUCUAUGCGCCUUGGGCAAAAGUUAACUGUCCAUAUAGAUGUGGCUAUUGUCCUGAUACACCACCAUGUGUAGACAAGCUUCCUAAUUGUGACGAGUAUGGAGACAAUGUUUGUACUGACUCGUUUUAUGCUGGCUGGUCUAGGACUAACUGUAGAAAAUACUGUAAUAAAUGUGAAGUGCCAUACCACGCUAACAUAACAGAGUCGACAAUACCAACAAUACAGGGAAUCACUACACAGGGGAUAGGAAACGGUACCCGGAUGACAUCGUUAUCAACAAAACAUGUUACACCUCCGACAGUCCACACAGAGGAGCCAAAUACACUCAAUACCACAACGGUACCAGUGCUUCCUACUGGUGAUGCAUGCAAGGAUAAAAGAGAUGAUUGUGCAAACUAUGACGACGAGGCCUGCAGUGGGGUUUUUACAACAUGGGCAAUAACCAACUGUGCCCGCAGAUGUGGAUAUUGUACAAAUGAGCUGAUGUGUAAAGAUUCCGUGAAGUGUGGCAAUUUACCAAACAAUUUAUGUACAGCUGAAGAAUUUAAAUGCAUAGCCACAACAUCCUGUCGUAAAUUCUGUGGACUUUGUACAGAAAAGACAACCAGCUACACAACACAAAAGCUGACAGAGGCGUCCUCUGUGUCAAUAUUUCCAACAGAAGCCCCGACUUCCUCCGUCCAAGCAUCAACUGUUUCAAGUUCGGAAUUGCCUACAACAAUGCAACCGAAAACUCCACAGCCGACAAUUUCAACAACGUUAGCAACCAUCCAAUCAACGAAAUCUUCGACUCAAGCUGUUACAAAAUCAGUUUCAACGACUGAGCAGAUCACGCUAUCUACCGCAAUGCGAAUCCCAACUAAGCCUGUCACAUCAGAUUCGUCAUCUAUUCAAACAACACCACCAACCUCAUCAGUGAAACAAACAUUGUCAACAAAUCCACCAACCAGUCCCCCAACACCAGAACCUACCAGUGAACCAACAAAAGUAUCUACAACUGACCAAAAAACACCAGAACCAACCAAACCAUCUAGACAAGUAACAACAAAACUAUCAACGUCAGAACCAACUAAGCCAUCAACAUCAAAACCAUCUAAGCCAUCAACACCAGAACCAACCAAACUAUCUACACCAGAACCUACUAAAUUGUCUACUCCAGAACCUACUAAACCAUCGACACCAGAACCAACUAAACCAUCAACACCAGAACCAUCUAAGCCAUCCACACCAGAACCUACAAAACUAUCUACACCAGAACAGACUAAAUUAUCUACUCCAGAACCUACCAAACAAUCCACACCAGAACCAACAAAACUAUCGACACUGCAACCUACAAAAUCAUCCACACUGGAACCAAAAAAACCUUCAACACCAGAACCAACAAAAUCAUCUACAUCUGAACAAACAACACCAGAACAAGCUGCCCAGUCUACUAUAGAACAAGCUACACAAGAACCUACCAAACUAUCAACUCAAGAAUCAAUUAAACCUUCGACCCCAGAACCAACUAAACAAUCAACUUCGGAGCCAUCCCCGCCAUCAACACCAGAACCUACAAAACCAUCUACAUCAUCAACGCCAGAACCAACUAUGUCAUCAACACUCGAACCAACAAAAGUAUCUACACCAGAACAAACCAAACCAUCCACCCAAGAACCAACUAAAGCAUCCACACCAGAACCAAAAACACUUUCUACACCAGAACCAACAAAACCUACCAUGUCAUCAGUAUCUACACCUGAACCCACAAAACCAUCUACACCUGAACCAACCAAUGCAUCUACUCCUGAACCUACUAGACCAUCUACACCAGAACCAACAAAACCAUCAACACCAGAACCAACAAAACCAUCUACAUCUGAACCAACCAAUGCAUCUACUCCUGAACCUACUAGACCAUCUACACCAGAACCAACAAAACCAUCAACACCAGAACCAACAAAACCAUCUACAUCUGAACCAACCAAUACAUCUACUCCUGAACCUACCAGACCAUCUACACCAGAACCAACAAAACCAUCAACACCAGAACCAACUAAACCAUCUACAUCUGAAGCAUCCAAUACAUCUACUCCUGAACCUACUAGACCAUCUACACCAGAACCAACAAAACCAUCAACACCAGAACCAACAAAACCAUCUACAUCUGAACCAACCAAUACAUCUACUCCUGAACCUACUAGACCAUCUACACCAGAACCAACAAAACCAUCAACACCAGAACCAACAAAACCAUCUACAUCUGAACCAACCAAUACAUCUACUCCUGAACCUACUAGACCAUCUACACCAGAACCAACAAAACCAUCAACACCAGAACCAACUAAAUCAUCAACACCACAACCAACAGAACCAUCUACAUCUGAAUCAACCAAUACUUCUACUCCUGAACCUACUAGACCAUCUACACCAGAACCAACAAAACCAUCAACACUAGAACCAACAAAACCAUCAACACCAGAACCAACAAAACCAUCUACUCCUGAACCAACAAAACCGCCCAUGUCAUCAGUAUCUACACCAAAACCAACAAGACAAUCUACACCUGAACCAACAACACCAGAACCAAAGAAACCCACGCCAUCACCAAUAAAUCCAGAUUACUCAAAAGAACAACCAACACCAUCCCCAACACUUCCAUCAUUAAGUUUGUCAUCGUCUGGUCCAAAAGUUUGUAGUACAAAUUUUGCGGAACCUGUUCCAACGUGUUGUAAAGUGUGCGCAUGUCCAGGUGCACAAGUGUUUGGACGAGUAAUAAAUGAACUCGGUGAACCCAUUUCUAAUGCUGAAAUCUCCUUCUCGGGUUGUGAAUGUGUACGAUAUUUAACAGAUCCAUCUGGAAAUUAUGAAAUCCUUAACAUUUGUGUUGAAGGCCAUGAAAUGUUAUAUGAACAUCCGGGAUAUAUGGCCUCAAAAGUUUUACCAGUUCCAGUAGUACCGGGUGGAAAAUUCUGGAAGGCAGAUAACAUUCUAAAAACCAAACCGAUUGUUCCGGGACUUAAUGUAACAAAAACAUCUACUGGUUGAAAUAUGUAUGGACAAAUCUAAACCUGUAGAAAAUAAUUGAUGUAGCGAUAUCUGUGAUAACAAACUGGUCGUUUUGUUAAGUGAAUGUCGUUUUUUCAUCUGUAGUAUCAUGUAGACAUUUUCAUUUUAAGAUGUUCAUUAGAUUGAGGACCUAUUGCUGUUACACUAGAAAAUUCAUUCCUUGUCUUAUAGUGGAUAGUUGUCCCAUUAGAAAGCAUACCUAUAACGUUAUUUUAUACUAAAAAGAUUACGGUCGUUUAAUACGGUCAUAAUAUGACACAAUGUUUGAUUGAAUUAAAAGUAUAUUCCCCUUUACUUUUUGACGUAUAGAAUUUGAUCCUAUAAUGAACGGAUGUCAAGUGUUAUUGUGGGUUGGAGACAAGUAGAAUGAAAUUGUUAGCAAAAGAAAACUCGGCAAGUAAUAGUCAAGUAAGGCAUGCCGUCAAAUAAAUGCCAUCCAACUAUCGUCAUUUUAUUGAUUUUAUGGUUCUAUGUAUAUGUUCUGAACAGUUAUUUGAUUCUCAAAAUUGGUUUGAUUAAUUCUAUAAUGUGUUUGUUCCCAUUUCAAACUCUCCCAGGGUAACCAACUGUGCUCCUCUUCUUGUCUACUUAUUCCAUUAUUCGCAUGAGGAAGACUUCAUAGAGGAAAGUUCAAGAAUAAUGAAAACAAGUUAUCAUUUUCCUUUAAUUUAACGUUCCAAUAUAAUAAUGAUGUCCUCUCACUGAAUAUGUUAACAUUUAUUGACGAUUUGGCUAUCCUAUUGCACUUGAAAUAAAAAAUACCAUACCUGCAA